GUAUACGUCGUAAGAAAAAAAAAGAAAAAAAAAAAAAAAAAAAAAAAAAAAAGAAAAAAAAAAGAAGAAAGAGAAAAGAAAGAAAAUAAAAGAAUGAUCCAAUUGUUUCUAUAAAUUUAUAUUACAAAUCGAUAUAAGAAAUGGAAAUGUAGUAGAUAUAAUUGAUGUCAGUGAACUUGACCCUAUGACUUAAACGCAUAGCUUCUUAACCGAAAUAAAACGAGAUCGAUAGCUAGAGCAAAUUACGAUUACGUAGUACACGUCCGUUCAUUCAAUAUCCUGAACUGUACGAGCAGCGAUUAACGAAACGGUAAUUAACGUUAAUUACUUAUUUAAAAUAUGCUUUGGAUUUGCAUUGAAAGUCAAGGCCGAAUAGUAAGAGACUUAGAAUAGAAGUACUCGAAAGUAUGUAAUUACGUUGGAUUUAUUCGUAAAAGACUUUCGUAAUAUGUUAACACUUCCGGUGAUACUGAUUUCAUCAUUGUGAGAUAAUUUUCUUAAAAAAGAAAAAAAAAAAAAAAAAAAAAAAAAAAAAAAAAAAAAAAAAAAAAAAAAAAAAGACGAACAGAAAGGAAUAAGAAAAAUAAAUUAAAUCACUUUUAUCGAAAUAAUUGAGACGAAAAAACAAAAUAGAAAGAAAAAAUGCUAAAAUCUUUACUCAGUCGGAGGCUGCGGUGUAAAGAUGGGUCAACCUUUCGCCUUGCGAUUAUGUAAGAUCUCGGACUGACUGACCUUUAGGUUCGUUCAUGGCAUGCGGCAUUUACGUAAUUUACCGAUUACGAUGUAUUAGAGUCUCCUAUGCCUAGAAAAUAGUUCUUCUUCCCGCUCUAAUAUUUUUCAGGGCUCCUACACAAAACAUACAUAAUCUUAAAUGCGAAUGUUAAGUAUAUCGUUGCUCGAUUUCAAAUAUUUCUGAUAUUCAUUCUCUUUUUUCUUUUUUCUUUUUUCUUUUUUCUUUCUGUAUAUAUAUAUAUAUAUAUAUGUCUGUUAAAGAAGUUUUUAUGAAAUUACAUGAAUCGACGAAAAAAUGGAUACGAGAGACGAAUUUACUUUCUUUUUCUUUUUUUUUUUACUUUUUAUGUCUACGAACGAGAGAAACGAUUAGAACUCGGAUAGGAAACGUUAGUUGUAUCUUUGAAAUUCUUUUUUCUACGCUUUUUCUGGCCUUCAAAGUGAAUAGAUUAUAUAAAUAUAGUUACGUCAUUCAUAUUUCUCUAUAUAAAAAAAAAAUUUGUCGUCAUAAUACUUGAAUGAUAGGUUUUAAUUGAACAUCUAUUAAAAAUAUGAAGAAAAUAAAUUUAAUUGUUCGAAAUAAUUUGAUUGUCAUGAAAUUAUUAUGAUUUCGUUCGAUUAAAUGCAUUUAAACGAGAUAACAUUUUCUAGCGUGUAAUUUUUGAUAGGCGUGUAAAAGUGCGCGACGAACAUAACCACGUAUAUAGGAUGCAUACAUAUAUACCGUAAAUAUACGAAGAAUGAUUGGAUAAAUUCUAUAGGUGCGGCCUAAGAUUAUCUAUUUGAUAUUAUACGUGCCGUUUAAAAGUACAGUUUCUUCGUUAAAUCACAUUUACAUGUGAUUAAAAGUGAAAUCAUUGAGAUAUUAUUUUGGAACGUUUAAUCAAUGAGAACGAUAGUACUAUAAAUUCUCGAUAUAAUGAAAGUGUUCAUUGAUUUCACGGGUACUAUUGACAAUGAGUAUGAAUAUAAUGAAAAGCAGCGACAUCUAGGCUGUGCGUUAUCAGAAACUACAUUAUACUACCAACUAGUAAUACGACGCACUGCUUUGACAUAUUCUAUGCAUACUAGAAACUACAUGCGACUGCUUGUAGUACAAUAGAACAUAUAGCCGCAUGUGUGUCGAUAACAAUUCCCUUGGGAAUUAAUUAGUUCUAUCGUUGUAUCUGCGUAAUAGAGAUAAUUCUAAGAGCAAAAUGUUGGAACCGACUAAGCAAGCCUUAACAGCGGGCAGAUUAAUUUUGGCCAGUGGAUCACCAAGAAGAUAUGAAAUAAUACAAAAAUUGGGGUUAAAUUUUGAAGUAGUAAUAUCAAAUUAUGAUGAAAAUUUAGACAGAUCCAAAUAUAAAAGUCAUGGGGAAUACAUUCAAGAUUUAGCAAAAUUCAAAGUUCAUGAUGUAUAUGAACGUUUGAAAAAUGAUCCUGUUAUACCAUCUUUAAUCAUAGGUGCAGAUACUUUUGUAACACUAGAUGAUACUAUUUAUGGAAAGCCAAAAGAUGAAUCAGAUGCAUUUCGUAUGUUAUCUCACUUUGCGAAUAAAGAGCAUGUUGUUUAUACCGGAGUGUGUUUGAAAACGCCAAAGAGAGAAGUAAAAUUCUAUACAUCUACAAAGGUAAAAUUUGGUGAUUUAUCGGUUGAUCAAAUAAAAGCGUAUAUAAAAACAGGAGAAUGUCUAGAUAAAGCAGGAGGAUAUGGUGCGCAAGGUGCUGGUGGUUGUUUAAUUGAGAGCAUAAGUGGUGACUUUUAUACUAUAAUGGAAAUUCGAACGUGUAUAUCAUGAACAAUUACACGCAUCGGAUGUAACUCAAAAAGCACAAUUUGAGUAUGCAUGGUGUCUUGUGAGAAGCAAAUAUCCAGCCGAUAUCAGAAAGGGUAUAGUAUUGUUAGAA